CGCGCCGCUCACCUUCUUCCUCCAUGAACCACGAUUGACCAUGAGGGCCGUCCUUCUAGGCCGGCUCUGUCUAAGGCGCGGCUUUACACACCUACCGCGACAUACAUUUACACAAUCAUGGCGUGCACCCGCCAAGCGCCUUCCCAAAAGGGCACCGGUCGUCGGCGGGCUGGUCAUGGCUGCGCUUGCGCCCAGCGCAUUUCUCAAGCUUGCGGAGGACUCGGAUGGUGAUGAGAUGACGGGCGAGAUGCAGAUGCUGGAGGCUUCUCGUCAGGAGAUUCGAAAGACUGUUUCGGAAGAUGCAAGGGGCCUGGCGCGGCUUUGCCAAUCAAUACGUGUGUUCUGGUAUUACUAUGUCUAUGAUCCUAUUGCAACUGGGUUCCGGUUCCUCCACCUUGCGGUCAUUUUCAUACCAGUGGUCAUUACAGUGCCGGUGAUUUGGAUUGGAGGGAGAGUCGAGGGAAGUAAUAGUGCGCAGACUGGCACGAUAUGGUGGUAUCGAUUCUUGGUGAAAGCCAUGGAGCGCGCAGGGCCGGCGUUUAUCAAGCUCGGACAAUGGGCCGCUUCCCGCACCGAUAUCUUCCCACCCGAGAUGUGUAAUAUCAUGUCGUCACUCCACUCCAAUGCCCCAGCCCAUUCACUGGAAGCUACGAAACGCAUCAUUCGAAAAGCUUUCAACGGCAUGCCAUUUGAAGACAUCUUUGAAGAGUUUCAGGAAGAACCUCUCGGGGUUGGCGCCAUUGCCCAAGUGUACAAGGCCAAGCUCAAGCCAAGCUUGGCUACAAGUGCUCAGGAACUGGGACAAGAGCCUAUCACAUUAGGAGAGAAAGUGCGGAAGAACAUGGACGUGUUGGUGAAGAGCUCGCCACACCGAGUACCGUCAUCGUACGUCGCUAUUAAAGUCCUGCACCCAAAGGUCGAGAAAAUGAUUCAUCGUGACUUACGAAUCAUGGGCUUCUUCGCCUCUUUGAUCAAUGCCAUUCCCACUAUGCAUUGGCUGUCUUUCCCCGACGAGGUCCAACAAUUUGGCGAAAUGAUGAAGCUCCAGCUGGACAUGCGCAUUGAAGCAACCAACCUAGUCAUUUUCCGCGAUAAAUUCAAGACUCGCACAACGGCCUGGUUCCCGUAUCCGUACAUGGAGUACACGACCCGGGAGGUACUUAUCGAGGAAUUCGCACAAGGUAUCCCACUGGCAACUUUCUUGGAUAUUGGCGGAGGUAUAUUCCAACAUGAAAUUGCCAACGAAGGACUUGAUGCAUUUUUGCACAUGCUUUUGAUCGACAACUUUGUGCACGCCGAUCUACAUCCAGGCAAUAUCAUGGUUCGCUUCUACAAGCCUAGUGAGCUUGACCUGUCUCUUCGAAAGCAUUCUCGCGCCACCGAAGCUCCUACCCGCGCAGAGGUAGACGUGACUGAUGCAGUCUUGGCGCGCUUACGUCCGCAUGUGGGCAACAAGGCUGCCUGGGAGUCUGCGCUCGCCAAGCUCAACGACGAAGGAUAUCGUCCUCAACUGAUCUUUAUCGAUACGGGCCUCGUUACUCAGCUCAACGAUCUUAAUCGACGGAACUUCCUGGAUCUCUUCCGGGCUAUUGCUGAGUUCGAUGGCUACCAGGCUGGGCAUCUGAUGGUUGAACGGUGUCGUACACCAGAGGAAGUUAUCGAACCGGAGAUCUUCGCAUUAAAGAUGCAGCAUUUGGUUCUGAGCAUCAAAUCUCGCACAUUUGCCCUUGGCAACAUCAAGAUUGGCGACGUGCUGAGUGAAGUCCUCACGAUGGUCCGUGGCCACCACGUUCGAUUCGAAGGUGACUUUGUCAACGUCGUCAUUUCCUGCCUCCUUCUUGAAGGAAUCGGACGAAGCCUUAAUCCUAAUCUAGAUCUUUUCCAGAGUGCCCUUCCUAUUCUCCGACAACUUGGUACUGGCCAAACCUUCUUGCAGACAGUGCGCUCCGGCGACACAUCGAUGCUUCGUGUCUGGGUUGGCUUGGAAGCUCGUGGGUUGCUGCAGGCCAGCAUUGAAAGCGUAGAGCGGUGUGUCAAGUAUGAUUUGUUGUCUCCGAACAUCUGAGAAUAGACCAUUUCCGUCUUGCAUUAUAGAAAUUUUAUGCACACGAGGAUCCAAUGACAUGAUACGUUUCUUAGAAUCCAUGAUAGAUGGGCUGGUUAUAUCGUAAUAUCAUCUUGGAGAUUUGGAGAUUGAAAUAGAUUCAUUCAAAGCUAAAAUAAAUCCAAGGAAAGCAGAAGCCAACUCCCAAUCCAUCAAUGCAUCCCUGCAACAUCACUUUUCUUCCAUUAUCGUCUGCUGGUGUACAUAAGUUGUUGGUAGUAAGAUAGUAAGACACGGAAAUGAUAUAAGACAGGGGAAGAAAAGAAAGAAAAUAUCGAAGGUCAUCAAAACAACCCCCAGAACGCCUGUGCCAUGUCUAUAGAAUUUACAAAGGGUGAGUGGAGAAGCAUCGAACUUCAAGAUCGACUUGAGAGACUUUUAGUGGUGGCCGUGACUCUGGCCAGGUUCACGGACAGCACCGCCACUGGCUCUCCACCAGACAUCACCACCCCAUCGCAUCAGACGCUCAACGGCAGCGGUGGGGGAGUCAAGAGCGGGACGAAUGUCAAGGUAGAAGACGGGCUCGCCGUUGGGUUCGGGGUCUCCGGAGUAGUAGUCGAUCACGUAGCGGACCUCCUUAGAACCCGAGGGAGUCUGACGCUGAACGAACCAGUCGUGGCGGUCGAAAGGCGGAGGGGAUCUGAAAAUGGAAUUAGCGAACCUUUCCAAAAAGACCUGCGUAGUCAAUACAUACUCGAAUUUGGAAGGGUAUACCCAUCCAAGGGCCUGGAAGAUGCGAGCCUUAGGAGUCAACUCCUUGGGCCGGCCUUGGAAUCUGAUCAGACGAGGCUCGGUCGCCUGGUCGAUAUUGCCCGUCAUCUCGUCCCUCAUCAGCUGGAAGUUCAAGUUCUCCUCGCCGCGGCGGCACCGCUCCCAACCAGCCCCGAGACCCUUGGCGAACGUGCGCUCCCAUCCAAUGAUCUCGUUCCACGCGCCUUCGUUCAGGAAGUUGUGAACGGCAACCAUAGACUCCACCGCAUCCUGAGGAGUGUCCGUGUAUCCUUUGCGCAGCAUCGCGUUGUACAUCUGCUGCGCAGAAGGGUAUUCCCAGUUACCCUCGGAGUCACCCCGGGGGAUUGAGGACGUCUCGCGGUCAACGGAGAGGUCGACGGUCUGCUGGGGUGCGCGCUCCUGGGAGAUCGAGGAGAACAUAUAGUUCAAAGGGUUCAACUUGGACAGCGUGGACUGCUGGGGAGCCGGAGCCGGAGCGGAAGCAGCGGGCGCUGGAGGAGCUUGCGAAUCCGAGGAUUUCGGGGCUGCGAAGAAGGGCGAGUCCUUGGCCUUGGACAUUGGGCAGUUACUAGGAGGCUCGGCAGCCUUGGGGGCUGCGGCGGGUGCAGCAGCUGGCGCUGAUGCCGACUCGUGCAUCGGGCAUCCCGGCUGUCGAUAAGGGUCAGUCGCGAAACAAUCAUUCUCUUUGUAGAGGUUCAUACAGGAAUAGCAGCGCCAGGUGUUGUUGGGUGUGGCGCAACAGGCACCUUUGAC